AGACAAGACUAGUACUAGUCUUCAGUCUUCACAAGUUCCAUUUCUUGAAUAAAGGGUUUCCUUCAACAGCAUCUGUGGAAAAAUUCUCGGCCUUAGCCUUUGCUUGGUUUCCAAGCUAACAGACUUCAACGUUGUCUGCUUCUUCAAAUGUGGUGAAUUUUAACACGAACAUGAAAGUUCCAAUGGAGGAAAAACCAUUCCCUGCAUGGUCAUGGUCCGUUGAGCAGUGCUUGAAAGAGUAUGGUGUGAAAUUGGACAAGGGUCUGAGUUCUUAUGAGGUUGAGAAGAGGCGUGAGAAAUAUGGUUGGAAUGAGUUAGCAAAAGAGAAGGGAAAGCCCUUGUGGGAACUAGUAUUAGAACAAUUUGAUGACAUGCUGGUGAAGAUACUUUUGGCUGCAGCAUUCAUAUCAUUUCUUUUGGCUUACUUUCAUGGAAGUGAAUCUGGGGACUCAGGAUUUGAAGCUUAUGUGGAGCCACUUGUGAUCAUUUUGAUUUUAGUCCUUAAUGCUAUUGUUGGAGUUUGGCAAGAGAAUAAUGCUGAAAAGGCUCUUGAAGCUCUUAAGGAGUUGCAAUGUGAAUCUGGAAAAGUGUUAAGGGAUGGUUCUCUUGUGCCUAAUUUGCCUGCACGAGAGCUUGUUCCCGGUGAUAUUGUGGAGUUGCGUGUUGGAGAUAAAGUCCCUGCUGACAUGAGAGUUGCAGCUUUGAAAACCUCAACUUUGCGAGUUGAGCAAAGCUCAUUAACUGGAGAAGCAAAUCCUGUUCUCAAAGGCACCAAUCCUAUUUUCUUGGAUGACUGUGAGUUGCAGGCAAAAGAAAACAUGGUUUUUGCAGGCACCACUGUUGUCAAUGGAAACUGUCUUUGUAUUGUUAUCACCACAGGAAUGAACACUGAAAUUGGAAAGAUACAGAAGCAAAUACAUGAGGCUUCUUUGGAGGACAGUGAUACUCCCUUGAAGAAGAAGCUGGACGAAUUUGGUGGCAGGCUUACCACUGCAAUUGGGCUAGUUUGCCUUAUUGUUUGGGUCAUAAACUACAAAAAUUUCAUUUCUUGGGAUGUUGUGGAUGGAUGGCCCUCAAACAUCCAAUUUUCUUUUCAAAAGUGCACCUACUAUUUCAAAAUUGCUGUUGCACUUGCUGUAGCUGCAAUCCCAGAAGGUCUUCCUGCUGUUAUCACAACUUGUUUAGCACUCGGUACAAGGAAAAUGGCUCAAAAGAAUGCAAUUGUGAGAAAGCUUCCAAGUGUAGAAACUUUGGGAUGUACAACUGUGAUAUGUUCAGAUAAAACUGGUACUUUGACAACAAAUCAAAUGUCUGUGACAGAGUUCUUUACUUUGGGUGGGAAAACCACUGCUUCCAGAGUCAUUAGUGUUGAAGGAACAACUUAUGAUCCCAAGGAUGGUGUCAUUAUUGAUUGGACUUGCUAUAACAUGGAUGCCAACUUGCUAGUCAUGGCAGAAAUAUGUGCUGUUUGUAAUGAUGCUGGGAUUUAUUUUGAUGGUCGCCUUUUUCGAGCUACAGGUUUGCCUACUGAAGCUGCUCUCAAAGUUUUGGUUGAAAAGAUGGGAGCUCCUGAUAUGAAGUCAAAGAACAAAAUUCGGGAUACACAACUUGCUUCAAACAACAACACUGUGAUGUUAGGCUGUUGUGAGUGGUGGAAUAGAAGAUCCAAAAGGGUAGCUACAUUGGAGUUUGAUCGCAUUCGGAAGUCAAUGAGUGUUAUUGUUCGUGAACCAAGUGGACAAAAUCGGCUUCUUGUCAAGGGUGCUGUUGAGAGCUUACUGGAGCGUAGUUCACAUGUGCAACUUGCUGAUGGAUCCCUGGUUCCAAUAGAUGAUCAAUGUAGGGAACUACUUCUUCAAAGACUCUUGGAGAUGAGUUCAAAGGGAUUGCGUUGCUUAGGUUUGGCUUAUAAGGAUGACUUGGGAGAAUUUUCAGACUAUUAUGCUGAUACUCAUCCUGCCCACAAGAAAUUGCUUGAUCCAACAUGCUACUCAUCCAUUGAAAGUGAUCUAGUGUUUGUUGGUGUUGUUGGCUUAAGAGACCCUCCCCGUGAGGAAGUUCAUAAAGCAAUUGAGGAUUGUAAGGAAGCUGGUAUUAGAGUUAUGGUAAUAACUGGAGAUAAUAAGUCAACAGCAGAGGCUAUUUGUAGGGAAAUCAAAUUGUUCUCUAGAGAUGAGGAUCUUACAGGCCAAAGUAUGACAGGUAAGCAAUUCCUAUCUCUUUCUCCUUCAGAACAAGUUAAAACAUUGUUGAGACCUGGAGGCAAAGUUUUCUCUCGAGCUGAGCCUAGACACAAGCAAGAAAUUGUGAGGCUACUAAAGGAAAUAGGGGAGAUUGUUGCAAUGACUGGUGAUGGUGUAAAUGAUGCACCUGCACUUAAGCUUGCUGACAUAGGGAUUGCUAUGGGUAUAACUGGAACAGAGGUUGCAAAAGAAGCUUCAGAUAUGGUGCUUGCAGAUGACAAUUUUAGUACCAUUGUUUCUGCUAUUGCUGAGGGUCGCUCUAUUUAUGAUAACAUGAAAUCAUUUAUCAGGUACAUGAUAUCAUCAAAUGUUGGAGAAGUGAUAUCCAUAUUCUUGACUUCUGCUCUUGGGAUCCCAGAAUGCCUGAUACCAGUGCAACUUCUGUGGGUGAAUUUGGUUACUGAUGGUCCACCUGCAACAGCUCUUGGUUUUAACCCUGCUGAUGUUGAUAUCAUGCAGAAGCCACCUCGCAGAAGUGAUGAUGCUCUUAUAAGUUCUUGGGUUCUUUUCCGUUAUAUAGUAAUUGGUUCCUAUGUGGGAAUUGCAACAGUUGGCAUUUUUGUCUUGUGGUACACCCAAGCAUCUUUUCUGGGCAUCAAUCUUGUCAGUGAUGGACACACAAUUAUAGAACUGUCACAGCUUCGCAACUGGGGAGAGUGUCACUUGUGGUCUAAUUUCACUGUUGCUCCUUUUGCUGUUGGUGGAGGUCGCUUGAUCACAUUUUCAAAUCCUUGUGACUAUUUUUCAGUUGGUAAAGUAAAGGCCAUGACACUGUCUCUCUCAGUCUUGGUGGCAAUUGAGAUGUUCAAUUCUUUGAAUGCCCUCUCAGAAGAGAAUAGCUUGAGGAAAAUACCACCUUGGAGGAACCCAUGGCUUUUGGUAGCCAUGUCAAUAUCACUAGGACUCCAUUGCCUCAUACUCUACAUCCCAUUCCUCGCAGAUGUGUUUGGUGUUGUUCCACUUAGUUUGAAUGAGUGGUUUAUGGUCAUUCUAAUAUCAGCACCUGUUAUUCUCAUUGAUGAGAUUCUAAAAUUAGUGGUAAGGAGUCAAAGGAGGAUGUUAAAGGAGAAAGAAGCAUGAAGUCUCUGGUCUAUGGCCACUAUAGAAAGCAAUACAAGAAGGCGAUAAGAUAUUAAAUGGGAGUAUCAAACUAAAUUCUUUGAUAACUUUUUUCCUUUAGCCUUUAGGAA